AUGGCCAAUCCCAGAUUGGCAUUUGGUUCUUUUCAAAUGAUGAUAGUAUCAACUAUCAUUAUUUUCUUCAAUCUCUUUUUGGACAACAAUGGUGUUUAUGCUUCAUCUCUAAUGGACCCAGUUGCCCAGCAACAGCUAGACAGGGUCCGUCAGUUGCCUGGCCAGACCUUCGAUCUCAGUUUUGCUCAUUACUCUGGCUAUGUCACUGUCAAUGAAAAAUUUGGGAAGGCUCUUUUUUACUGGUUUGUUGAAGCUGUGGAGGACCCUCAAUCCAAGCCUCUUGUUCUUUGGCUUAAUGGAGGACCUGGAUGUUCCUCCAUAGCUUAUGGAAUGGCAGAGGAAAUUGGCCCAUUUCAUAUUAAGCCAGAUGGAAAGUCCCUUUACUUGAAUCCUUACUCUUGGAAUCAAGUUGCCAAUAUUUUGUUUCUCGAUUCCCCUGUUGGUGUUGGUUAUUCAUAUUCAAACACUUCUUCUGAUGUGUUGAACAAUGGUGAUAAAAAGACCGCUGCGGACUCACUAGCUUUCUUGCUGAAUUGGUUUGAACGCUUCCCCCAAUAUAAAGGAAGGGAUUUCUACAUUACAGGGGAGAGCUAUGCUGGGCAUUAUGUUCCUCAGCUGAGCCAAGCCAUUGUAUGGUACAAUCGAGUGACAAAGGACAAGAAAAUUAAUCUGAGGGGUUAUAUGGUUGGAAAUGCUCUGACUGAUGAUUAUCAUGACCACUUGGGAGUUUUCCAGUUUCUGUGGGCAGCUGGCUUGAUUUCUGAUCAAACAUACAAGAAACUUAAUUUUCUGUGUGAUUUUGAAUCAUUUGUCCACAUGUCAGAUGCUUGUUAUAAGAUUCAGGAAAUUGCAAGUGAAGAACUUGGAAACAUUGAUCCAUACAGCAUAUUCACUCCUUCUUGCUCUGCCAAUAUUAGCCAGUCUAAUUUGUUGCCGAAAAGAAAGCAUAUGGUUGGUCGUGUCGGUGAGAAGUAUGAUCCUUGUACUGAGGCACACUCAACUGUAUAUUUCAAUCUACCUGAGGUCCAGAAGGCAUUGCAUGUUUCACCAGAGUUUGCACCAGCUAAAUGGGAGACCUGCAGUGAAAUGGUAAGUAGUAACUGGAAAGAUUCUCCUAGGACUGUGCUGGAUGUUUAUCAAGAGCUCAUACAUUCAGGACUUCGCGUGUGGGUGUUCAGUGGUGAUACAGAUUCCAUUAUCCCAAUUACAUCCACCCGGUACAGUAUAGAUGCUCUGAAACUUCCUACUGUGAAACCUUGGCAUGCCUGGUAUGAUGAUGGACAGGUGGGUGGAUGGACCCAAGAGUAUGCUGGACUUACCUUUGUUUCGGUGAGAGGAGCAGGCCAUGAAGUGCCGCUGCAUAAACCCAAGCUAGCUCUCACACUCAUCAAAGCAUUCUUAUCAGGAACUUCAAUGCCAACCCUUCAACUAGUUGUCAAAAGAUCUCGAAAUCAGUCCCAAUCAGAAGAUGAAAGUGAUUGCAAGCGGUUAGUAGCUUGUGCUGGUGUCCUUAUAAAAAAAAUCAAUCUUGACGUGGGCAGCAAUGGUGCUUUUUCUUCAUCUUUAGGGGACCCAGUUGCCCACCAACAGCUAGAGAGGGUCCUAGAGCUGCUAGGCCAGACCUUCAACGUCAGUUUUCCUCACUGCUCUGGCCAAAUUACUGCGAAUGAAACAUUUGGGAGGGAUCUUUAUAACUGGUUUGUUGAAGCUGUCGAGGACCCUCAGUCCAAGCUGUCUUCAUAUUACCUUCAAUUCACUUCUGAACUCACAAAUUUGUUUGUGAAAAACAGUUGUUGCUUUACCUUAUCAUGCUUUGAGGUGGGAAAUCCUGUGAUUGACGAUUAUCAUGACCACCUGGGACUUCUCCAGUUUCUGUGGGCAGCUGGUUUGAUUUCUGACCAAACAUAUGUCAAAUCUGUUUACUGGUUCCUUAUAUCAGACAAUGAGUACUUGCAAUCACCUUCAGCGAAUAUGGUGGUCUCCAGUAUUAAUCCCCACAACAAGGAGAUAUUAAUUAGGAGAAGGAUUACUAGCAUAUUUAAUAAGCGAGAAGAGGAUUUUCCGUCUUUGAAGGAAUACAAUGAUUACUUGGAGGAAGUGGAGGAUAUGAUAUUUAACUUGGUCGCUGGAGUUGAUGUCACUGCUAUCGAGGAAAAAAUUGCAGAGUAUGAAAAAGAAAAUGCAGAUCUAAUAUUGAUUAAUCAAGCUCGGAAGGCUGAAGAAUUAGCCUUAGCUAUGGCAGCAAGCAAGGGGCCUCCUGCACAAACUGAUAAUACUGAUGGGAGCUCCCAGGGAGGCAUCAGUGUUGAAGCUGGGCAGUAUGCACCUACAAUUGCUGGAGGGCAGCCACGGCCGAUAGGCAUUGCUCCACAACCAGUGCCUGUCAGAGGAGGGCCUGACAUGCAUGGCCGAUAUGCAGAAGAUGAGGAAACGAUGAGGAUCCGAACAGAGAGAGCUAAUAGGGCAGCUGGGUGGAGCAUAGAGUUCAGCAAGAAAAGGGCAUUGGAGGAGGCCUUUGCAAGCAUUUGCGUUUAG